ACCAAACGCGAUAAUCAAAUUUAAAACUUCAUCUUAAGCUUAAUUGAAGGUUAAACAAAGUUAAGCGAGCACCAGCAUCAAAAGGAGACACGAGCCAUGUCUUAUCGCUUGAAGGCCACCAAAUGUCCCACGGAUGAGUUGUCUCUGACAAAUCGUGCCAUCGUCAAUGUGGGUGAUUUUCCUGAAGAUGUCAAGUAUGCAGACAUUUCACCAGCUUCAGGGCAACAUUUUAUCUUUGCCCUAGAGAAGACCGUGGAAGUGCCCCGGGGCUAUGUGGGCUUCUCUCUAGUGCAGCGUAAGUGGGCCAUGCUCUCAAUUAAUCAGGAGCUGGAUGUGCGUCCCUAUCGCUUUGAUGCCAAUUCAGAUGUCAUCACCAGUGUGUCCUUUGAGACGGACUUUCUGCAGAAGAAAACCGUUUCAACGGAACCUUAUGACUCUGAUCAGAUGGCCAAGGAGUUCAUCAUGCAAUUCGCUGGCAUGGCAUUGACCGUCGGCCAGUCCCUGGUCUUUAAUUUCAAGGAUAAGAAACUUUUGGGUCUGGUGGUCAAGUCCUUAGAAGCCAUCGAUCCGAAAAGCUUGGGCGAGGGCAAGGAGCCAGCCAUGCGCAAUGUGCGCUUUGGUCGCAUUCUGGGCAACUCGGUGGUGCAGUUCGAGAAGGCCGAAAACAGUUCUUUGAAUUUGCAGGGCAAGUCCAAGGGCAAGGUGGUACGCCAGUCAAUCAUCAAUCCCGAUUGGGACUUUGGCAAGAUGGGCAUCGGUGGCCUGGACAAGGAGUUUAAUGCCAUUUUCCGGCGGGCAUUCGCCUCUCGCGUCUUUCCCCCAGAGCUGGUCGAACAGCUGGGAUGUAAGCAUGUGAAGGGUAUUCUUCUCUACGGUCCUCCCGGAACGGGCAAGACACUAAUGGCCCGCCAAAUCGGCACCAUGCUGAAUGCCCGCGAACCCAAGAUUGUCAACGGUCCGCAGAUCCUGGACAAGUAUGUUGGCGAAUCGGAAGCCAAUGUGCGCCGACUCUUCGCAGAAGCCGAGGAAGAAGAGAAACGCCUGGGUCCGAACAGUGGAUUGCAUAUCAUUAUUUUCGACGAGAUCGACGCCAUCUGCAAGCAGCGUGGCUCCGUGGCAGGCAACAGUGGAGUUCAUGACACUGUGGUGAAUCAGUUGCUAACCAAAAUCGAUGGCGUGGACCAGUUGAACAAUAUUCUGGUCAUUGGCAUGACCAAUCGACGUGACAUGAUCGACGAGGCUCUGCUCCGGCCUGGACGCUUAGAGGUGCAGAUGGAGAUCAGUCUACCAAAUGAACAGGGACGUGUCCAGAUUCUUAAUAUUCACACGAAGCGUAUGCGUGACUUCAACAAGAUCAACGACGAUGUAGACUGCAAGGAGAUUGCCUCGCUCACCAAGAACUUUAGUGGCGCCGAACUUGAGGGUCUGGUGCGAGCCGCCCAGUCUAGUGCCAUGAAUCGUCUAAUCAAGGCCGAUGCCAAGGUCACUGUGGAUCCGGAGGCCAUGGAGAAACUAAAGGUCAAUCGUGAUGACUUCUUGCAUUCGCUGGAGAACGAUAUCAAACCAGCCUUUGGCACGGCCCAAGAGAUACUCGAUAAUAUGCUGGCCCGCGGUGUCACCAAUUGGGGCCAGCCUGUGGCCAGUUUGCUAGAAGAUGGCAUGCUCUACGUGCAGCAGGCCAAGGCUCCCGAAUCUAGUGGACUGGUUUCCGUACUCAUUGCUGGUGCCCCCAAUUCUGGCAAGACGGCGCUGGCCGCCAAGUUGGCCAAAAUGAGCGACUUUCCCUUUGUCAAAGUCUGCUCACCAGAGGAUAUGGUCGGCUACACCGAAUCGGCCAAGUGUUUGCAUAUACGCAAGAUUUUCGAUGACGCCUACCGUUCGACUCUUAGCUGCAUUGUAGUGGACAAUGUGGAGCGUCUACUUGAUUACGGUCCAAUUGGACCGCGCUAUUCCAACUUGACCCUGCAGGCGUUGUUGGUGCUGCUGAAAAAGCAGCCGCCAAAGGGUCGCAAACUCUUGAUUCUCUGCACUUCCAGCAGGCGGGAGGUCCUGGAAGAAAUGGAAAUGCUGACAGCAUUCACCUCUGUACUGCAUGUGCCGAAUCUCUCCAGUCCCGAGCAUGUGUUGGCUGUACUCGAGGAUACGGAUAUCUUUAGCAAGGGUGAAAUCCAGGCUAUAGGCAAGAAAAUGGCAGGCAAGCGUGUCUUCAUUGGCAUUAAGAAGCUUUUGGGUCUGAUUGACAUGGCUCGGCAGACGGAACCAUCCCAGCGGGCUAUCAAGUUCCUCUCCAAAAUGGAGGAAGAGGGUGGUCUGGAUAUGGUUGCUCGUAAAUAAGUUGCUGACUGGACAAUUCUUCCUUAUUCUUGCCCAUCCUCUGUGCAAUCUCAAUUAUUAGAUAUCUCAAGAAAGGACAAAAACCAAAAAACCAAUUAUAAUUAUAUUCCAGUUAUUAUAGAGAAAAUUGUUACUUACUCGCAUAUAAAAUAAUGUAUAUCCGCUCCGCCCCCUCGCCCUCGCCCACGCCCUCCACGUGUCGUGUAAGGCUUCGCGUUCUAUCGCUCCCAUUAUAAUUACCAAUCAAAGAGUGACAAAAAUGUGAGAACCUGUGUGACCUGAUUUGGCAUAGCGGCUGGUAUUACGAAUAUAUUCAUACGAUAUUACGGGAUAUUGCGAUAACAAUAUAUAAGUAGCAAUUUUUUUUUUAAUUCUAAUUUACCUUAAACAAAAAGUUGUUAAUAUUUGGUAAAUACCAAAAACCAAACACACGAAAUUUUCUUCUUGUUAAUAAUAAGAUUUGCUUGAUAAAUAGCACGGAAAUGAACACCAAGUAUGGAUUAAUUAUGUUACAUUUGGGGGAAAAUGCUAAACUAAUUAAAUUAAAUUGUUAAUCGCCAAUGUUACAUUAAUAUAUACAUACAUAUAAAUAAAUAUAUAUAUAUCUACUAUACCAUUAUUUAACUUAAAUAAAGUGAAAUUGUAUUAAAACCAAA